AUGGCCUUGCGCGAUUCGAGUAAACCGAAGCCGAACUACCUGAGCUCUCAACCCAAGGAGCAAGAGGAAUCGGUCUGGAAGACAAUCCUCAACCAGGAGAUGAACGACCCAGAGUGUCGGAAGGCGAAUACGGGGAUCCUCGUCGGCUUUGCCGUCUUCUUCUCUUCGAUCACUUUCUUCAAGCUCGCUGGUGACCUUCUCGUCCCUGCCUUUUAA